GCAGCACGGCCUGCUCGCCAUCGCCCCGGGAACGCCGCGGGUUCCCGAGUCCGGGCGCGGAGGGCGCGCGGGCACGGCGGCAGGGGCGUGCUCGGAGGACGCGCGCUGCGCUGCUCCUCCAAAGGGCAGCUCCGGGGGAAAGAGGGUGGCGUCCCGGGGAAGCCUGCAGCCGCCGCCGAUGUCGCUGGGACUCGGAAGUGCCGAAAGAGGGGUGUUGGGAACUCGCGGCGCGCGUGAACGUUGCCGUCGCCGCCGCCCGGGACAGCCCGGAGAACACGAAGAGGAGCUGGACCAGGAAUUUGAGCUGGAGACUGACACUUUAUUUGGAGGAUUAAAGAAGGAUGCGACUGACUUUGAGUGGAGCUUCUGGAUGGAAUGGGGGAAGCAGUGGCUGGUGUGGCUUCUCGUUGGCCACAUGGUAGUGUCUCAAAUGGCCACACUGCUGGCAAGAAAGCACAGACCCUGGAUUCUCAUGCUCUAUGGGAUGUGGGCCUGCUGGUGUGUGCUGGGGACCCGUGGUGUGGCCAUGGUUUUGCUCCAUACCACCAUCUCUUUCUGCGUGGCCCAGUUCCGGUCUCAGCUCCUGACGUGGCUCUGUUCUCUCCUCCUCCUCUCCACACUGAGGCUGCAGGGUGUGGAGGAAGUUAAGAGAAGGUGGUACAAGACAGAAAACGAGUACUACCUGCUGCAGUUCACGCUGACGGUUCGCUGCCUCUACUACACCAGCUUCAGCCUGGAGCUCUGCUGGCAGCAGCUGCCUGCUGCAUCAACCUCCUACUCCUUUCCCUGGAUGCUGGCCUAUGUCUUUUAUUAUCCAGUCUUACACAAUGGUCCCAUCCUCAGCUUCUCGGAGUUCAUCAAACAGAUGCAGCAGCAGGAGCAUGACUCCCUGAAGGCCAGCCUGUGUGUCCUGGCCCUGGGGCUGGGCCGCCUUCUUUGCUGGUGGUGGCUGGCGGAGCUGAUGGCUCACCUGAUGUACAUGCAUGCCAUCUACAGCAGCAUCCCCCUCCUGGAGACUGUCUCUUGUUGGACCUUAGGAGGACUGGCGUUAGCCCAGGUGCUCUUUUUCUACGUGAAGUACUUGGUGCUCUUUGGCGUGCCCGCUCUGCUCAUGCGCCUGGAUGGACUCACUCCACCCGCCCUCCCUCGCUGCGUGAGCACCAUGUUCAGUUUCACCGGGAUGUGGAGGUAUUUUGAUGUUGGACUGCAUAAUUUCUUAAUCAGGUAUGUGUACAUUCCAGUGGGCGGGUCCCAGCAUGGCCUGCUGGGGACACUGUUUUCCACGGCGAUGACAUUUGCAUUUGUGAGCUACUGGCAUGGCGGCUACGACUACCUCUGGUGCUGGGCAGCGCUCAACUGGCUGGGAGUCACUGUGGAGAAUGGAGUCUGGAGGCUGGUGGAGACUCCCUGCAUCCAGGACAGUCUGGCCCGAUACUUCUCCCCACAAGCUCGCCGUCGAUUCCACGCUGCCCUUGCUUCUUGUUCCACCUCGAUGCUGAUCCUGUCCAACCUGGUAUUUCUUGGGGGCAAUGAGGUUGGGAAAACCUACUGGAAUAGGAUCUUCAUACAAGGCUGGCCAUGGGUGACCCUCUCUGUCCUGGGAUUCCUGUACUGCUACUCCCACGUGGGCAUUGCCUGGGCCCAGACCUACGCCACGGACUAAUGCUGUUGGGCCCAGGCCAGUCCUUGCUGCUGGCCUCCAAGGCAAAUAGUGCUUCACCCUGACCUCUCACUCCAGGACAGCCUCUAAGGGGUUUGAUAUGCUCAUCUUCAGCUGAAUGCCCUCACUCCAAGACUGGAUGCUGGAUCUCAUAGAAAAUUCACAGCCAGACAAUCUUCUAAUCUGGAGUCUUUGAGAUCUUCUGCCCCAACUCAUCAUUUUCCUAUUGAGGAAACUGGGGUCCAGGGCAGUCGUGUGUCUUACCCAGCUACACAGGGUGACAUUUUGGUCUAGAACCUAGUCUCAUGAGCCCUUUGCAUUCUUUCCCCUUAAGCAAGAAUAGAAUGUAGUGGACAUUUAUUGAUUGAGACACAGAAAUCCUGAUUAGUGAUAGGCCUGUCUUCUGGGCAAUAUUUCUAAAAUAUUUGAGUGACAUUGAUGUUUAAGUGACCUCCUUCAUCACAUCCUGCAGUAUCUCCAGAAGCAGCACUAGGGUUUGAGUUUCACGCUUCAGCCCCUCUGUAGGAAUGAGACCAAGCCACAGCUGUCUUUUGAAUUACCUAGUCCAAGAAGACGGUAGCAGCCCUGUAGCAUUCUAAGGCAUCUAUACCCAAGGAGUCCUGUGAUUUGAGCUUCAGCUGGGUGAUCUACAUUUGGGUGCUUGUUUCUGAGAUUUGCAGAGAAGUAUAACAUGGUAGUUCCUCUACCUUACAGUUAAUCGUUUCUUAAUAAAGAAGCAGAAUUUAGAAAUCACAGGAUAGUGUACCCACAGAUGGGUGUUAUCAAGGCCAGUCAUGAGGAUGGUGUCCUGGAGUCUUGUCCACCCUCUCCAUACAAGUCUCAAAAGUCAUCCUCCUACUCAGUGAUUCACGUUUUGUGGUUUAUAUUAUUACGGUUUGAUUCAAACAGAGCCUUUUCUGUCCUGUAGGUAAUCUACGUGUUUGUAGAAUUAUUUUGAAUAUGUUUGAGGAAAAUGUUUAAAAUCUAAAUAUACUCACAUAACUUGAUUAUUCACUCCUCUGAAAAGAUGCUGGAUAGGCUACCAAAGUUCCCAAGUGGUAGAUAAUUCAGAAGACUUGUUUGAAUUUGGAUUUUUUUUUUUUUUUUUGGAGUGGGGAAGGGUAAAGGAGCCUUAAAAUUUGAAUCCAUAAUAUAUCUAAUUACAGGAGAAUUUACAGCAUCUCAAGUAUGUAAAUUAAGUUAUCAUUGAGUGAAAGGUUCACUUGGACCUAGUGCUGCCUCCUGUUUAUUACAUAGCAUGGCCCUUAUGUCUUGAGUUGAGGUUAUCAACUCAAUGAGGCUUAAACUCCUAGAGUACAGGACCAUUUUGUUGAUUGUCUUUCUUCAUAGCUUCUCUGCUUGGCAAAGAGAUGGGAGGGGGCCAGAUACUGACUACCUGGGGUAGGCACAUUAUGUGUUAAAGCAAAAGAGAGGCCAGAGAGGGGCAGGUAGACCUGCAUAGCAGCAGCCUCAGCAGCUGUCUUGGUAAAGGAGAGAGAGAGACAUGGGGCCAGUAAUUCCGGGGUGCUCAGAAGUUUUAGGAGGGAAUGAGCCUCAGGGAGGAGUGAGCACCUAAAUGAACGCAGUAAACCUUCAUGGACUAACAGUGAUUCAGGAUUUGUGGCCAGCCAGAGGGAGUUUGACUGAAGUUUACUUGGAAAGAAAGGGCUUGCUAAGAAAAAAAGGAGUAAAAAUGAUGAUAGGGAAGUGUCUAAUGUAUGUGCACAUAUAAGUAAUACAAAAGUUUUGAGCUCUUCCAAAUAUACCAUUUAUAUAAAAACAAAUAGGUUUAUUCAUUCAUUAAACUAUUUUGGAAGAGUCAGUGGAUAUAUUUGAAAGUGGUAAUCCUGAAUCUCUUUUAAACUAUUAUAUGAUUCAUAAUGGUUCUCAGGAAUUAAUAAAUGAUUACUGUGUUUAGCUCUGUA